AUGCCGCAGGUUUCACAGCAUCUCGGCACUUACAAGCAGAAAGGCCGAAUCCUUCCCAUCUCACCAGAGCGGUUAAAGCAUUUUCUUGUCAACCAUAAAGGAAGUUCGGGGCGAAUGUCGGGCUGGAAGAGCAAUGAUUGGGUAUAUGGCGUCCAGAGGCCUCACAGGACAUACGCUAUGGGCCGAAUGUCUAUUGACCUGGAUGUCCUGGAUUCAGCGGAGGAGAGCAAAUCCCCACGGUCAUGGCUUUGGAUUUGUCUUGGACUUCGAGACCGUCUAUGCUGGAGCCGCGAAAGUUGCCGCUGA